CCCCUCCCCUCCUGCUGCUCCGCCACCACCAUCCGUCCACAAAAACCCCCCGAUGAAAAGAAAAUAAGCAUCAAAGGGCGAAGCUAAAGAUCAAGAAAUGUCCUCAUAAACCGGGUUAAAUAUCACAAACCUACCAACCAAUUCUUUAGAGUAGGCGAGUAGCUCAUGGCUCUUCUCCCCCAACUCCUCCACUCUCCCGCUCUCUGCUCCCGAUCUCAUACCCUCUUCAAGCCCCAACCAUGUCCGCUCUCCUCCUCCCCCUCCUCCUCCUUCUUCAAACUCUCCCACUAUUCCAUCCAGAAUAAGCCAAGAAACCCUUCCCUCCUUCUCCGCUGUUCUUCUUUCGCCUCCGACUCCGGCGGCGGCGGCGGCUGCGGCGGCGGCGGCGGCGCCGAAGACCUCGUGGAGCUGCCGCUCUUCCCCCUCCCUCUGGUCCUCUUCCCGGGCGCCAUCCUCCCCCUCCAGAUCUUCGAGUUCCGCUACCGCAUCAUGAUGCACAGCCUCCUCCAGACCGACCUCCGCUUCGGCGUCGUCUUCUCCGACGGCGGCGGCGCCGUCGCGGAGGUCGGAUGCGUCGGCGAGGUCGUCAAGCACGAGCGCCUCGUCGACGACCGCUUCUUCCUCAUCUGCAAGGGACAGGAGCGCUUCCGCGUCGCCCGCGUCCUCCGCACCAAACCCUACCUCGUCGCCAGCGUCGCCUGGCUCGAGGACCGGCCGCCGCCCGACCCCUCCGACGCCGGCGACCUCGAGGCCCUCGCCGGCGAGGUCGAGACCUACAUGCGGGACGUCAUCCGGAUCUCCAACCGCCUCAACGGCAAGCCGGAGAAGGAGGGGGUCAUGGACCUGCGGCGCAAUCUCUUCCCCACCCCCUUCUCCUUCUUCGUGGGCAGCACCUUCGAGGGGGCCCCCAGGGAGCAGCAGGCGCUUCUUGAGCUGGAGGACACCGCCGCCCGGCUCAAGAGGGAGCGCGACACCCUCCGCAACACCCUCAACUACCUCACUGCCGCCUCCGCCGUCAAGGAUGCCUUUCCCUCCUCGCCCUCCUCUUCUUGAUAGUUGCGUGCUUACCUCUCUCCACACCGUCGUCGGCCUCUUCUUGACGGUUUUAGUGGGAACGAGGAAUCAGAAGCAAACAGUCGAACAGAUAAAGCCGAUGUUGUUUGAUGAUUAGGCAAACUCAAACGAGCUUUCAUGGCCUAUUAAGUGUGGUGCUUCGACGCAAUGAUGCCCAUUAAAGGAUUUUUGUUUGUUGGUGAGUGGAGGUAGACCCUGCUACUACAGUUCUGUUCCAACAUUUGUUCGAACACUUAACCUGCUAUGCCUUUCAAUCUGCCACUGUUCCGAGUUCUUGUCAUGUUGAUGGCUUUAGCUUCCAUGGCAUUUCUGCCGUUAUGUUUUUUUUUUCUAUCAAUAUGUUGCAACUUUUCACCAAGUACAGUAAAAAAUUCUAAGCCAUGGGUUGUUGCU